UCUGGAAACNAUAUUUCAUCCAGUCAGAUUCAUGAUCAUGACAUUCAAUGUAUGACUGCUACUGAAAUAAUUCAUUCUUAUAAUAUUAGUCCUGAUGCAAGUAUUAUUUCUUCUUUGGAAUUUCUUGACAUCUGUCCAGCAAUCAUUUAUCAAUUAGAUCAUAGAUGUGCUGAUGCUGCUGGUAUUUCAUUGCAUCUCUCACAUAAAACUGAAGGAAAAACUAUGAAUAAACAUGUAUGGAUUUAUGCAUCUGUUGCUGUAUUGGCUAUUAGUUUAUGUGGAUUAUUAUGUGUAGCAAUCAUACCUAUAAUGCAACGUGUAUGUUAUCAUACAUUACUGCAAUUUCUUGUCGGGAUGGCCAUUGGAAGCCUUUCUGGUGAUGCUUUACUACAUCUUUUGCCACAUGCUAUGGUUGCCAAUGAUAAUCAUCAUGACAAAGAAACUGUAUCAUCUCAUGGUGAAGUAGCACAUGUUUGGAGAGGUCUCACAGCUCUUGCUGGAGUAUAUAUAUUUUUCAUAGCAGAAAGAUUAUUAAAUCUUUUAACUAAUUAUCGUAGAAGAAGAAAAAGUGCAAUGUUGCAGUUACAGACUUCUAAAAUGCCGAAACUUGUACAUGCUCUACAAGCUGUAGAUACUGAACAAAGUAGAGUUGUAGGAGAAAAACUUUCCCAUCAUAAACAUGGUUCUUAUGGUUAUAAUGUGGAUCCCUCAGCAAUGGAAGCCUUACAGAUAGAAGAAAAAGAUUCACCUAGUUACUGUGAUAAGACUAAAGAUGAUCAUGUUUCUUCUAAUCAUGCUGCCAAAGGAGAUGCACCACCUGAUGGUGAUUGGGACAACAUUGAGCCUCGAAGGAUGUCUCAAAAAAAGUCCCCUUCACCAGUGAAGUCUCUGCAGGUCGAAGUUGGAUAUGUUGCAACAGAAAAACCAACAGAAUUGGAUAUUCCAAUUGAUGAAUGUCAUCGAGAAACAGUAGUAUAUGAUCAUACAGACAAUAGUUAUGUGGUAACAGUGACAGAGCAUCAUAUGCAUCAUCAUGGUCAUGGACAUAGUCACGAAGUGCCAAAUUCCAUAUCUGCAGUUGCAUGGAUGGUUGUCAUGGGUGAUGGACUUCACAACUUUUGUGAUGGUCUCGCAAUUGGUGCUGCUUUUGCCGCUGAAGCAUCAGGUGGUCUUAGUACAACAAUUGCUGUUUUUUGCCAUGAAUUGCCACAUGAAUUAGGUGAUUUUGCUAUGUUACUGAAAGCUGGAAUGACAGUAAAACAAGCUUUGUUAUAUAAUGGACUAUCUUCCAUUCUUUGUUUUGUUGGAAUGUUAAUAGGAGUUGCUUUAGGUAAUGUACAGUCUGCAACAUUAUGGGUUUUUGCUGGAGCUGCAGGCAUGUUUUUGUAUAUAGCCCUUGUUGACAUGCUGCCAGAAUUAGGAUCCAGUCCAACUCAUCCUGGUUCCAACAGUACUUAUCUCUUAGCGGUUCAGUUGACAGGCAUUUCUUUGGGUAUUGUGAUCAUGCUGAUUAUAGCAAUUUAUGAACACGAUCUGCAGCACAUAGUAAAUUGA